AUUAUAUCACUUUAUCAGUUCAUAGAAUAUAAACUUUCUGUUUCAAUUUUAUUUCACCACAACUUAGAUAAACCUGUUUCAUUAUGUACCAGAUAUAAUUACCAGUGAUAAGUGAAGUAAGUUGACAAUUAAAUUAAAGCUUGAGAGGGAAAAACAAAUAUAAAGUGAAAAGGAGUAUUAAAACAUGGCGUUUUUCAUGUCAAGAUUUGGAAAACAUAAUGAAGAUGAACAUGAAAAUGGUUCCGAUGAUGUACGUGAGGGGUGUAGGGCGUGUAACAAAUGUUUCAUACGAGGACAUAAACACAAUGCUGUAUCAUUCUGUCCAUCGUGUUACAUUUUUCUGUGUCAGGCAUGUACCACAGACCAUAAGCAGAGAAUACAAGAUCACGGUCUGAUUACUGAUGAUUUUGAACUAUGCGAGGAAUAUGUUAAACUGAAAAAACAAAUCAACUACGCCACCAUUGAGCUAACGCAAACUGGUAAUGAAGCUGACAAUGAAGCAUACUUAGCCGAGUUAUACAGGGACAAGGCAAUUGAAGAAAUACAUAACGAGAGGGAAAAGAUUAAUAUAAUGUUAGAUAAAGAAAAGAUCAGAAUCAAUAGUGAACUAGACGAAAUGGAGACAAAAAUAAAAACAAGAAUACUUGAAAAAUACACAAAAGAUUUUGAGAAGUUCAAGUCCGUUAAAGAAGAAGCAGAAUCGGUAAAAAAAGACAUACAAACGUUAAAUCAAACUUACAAGUCUCUGCAACAGAUGCCAAGUAAUAUUUCAAAUAUAGUGGCAACUUGCCAAGAGCAGUAUUCAGCACUAAAGCCAAAGGUCAAACAGGCUGUUCAUCAUAACGAAGUUACACAGUACAAAUUUGAACCCGAAUGGGAGCAGAGCAUGAAAAAGAUGUCUGUGCCAAAACUAGGACAUAUUCUGACACUUGAUCUUGUUAAGGCAACAGGAAUUGUCACGUACAAGGGAGAAAUCAACGUUCAUUCACCAGCAGUAGAUAGGGAAUUUUGUAAUAUAAAAGGAAUGUGCAUUCUUUCAACACAAUUGCUAGUUGCUGCUGACCAACAAAACAAUUCCCUCAAACUACUGGACAGAGAGCAAGGCAAACUGGUGUCAACCAUUCCGAUGCCGGCUGGACCCAGAGAUGUGACAACAAUUAAGGGCACUCAAAUUGCUGUCACCCUGCCAAAUAUGAAAGUAAUCAAAAUAUUGACUUUGUCAAGCGACGGUACUGUUUCUGAUGAUUCUUUCAUACCAGUUCAUGGAGCAUGCCGCGGAAUUAUCCACAAUCAUGGAAAAUUUAUUGUUUCAUUUGACUUUCCAAAAAGUGAAAUUAAAAUAAUAGACGUGAAUGGAACAGUAAUAAAGAACAUGGACAUUAGACGUAAUCCAGAGAGCAAAUCUAGCCUGGCAGGCCUGGGUAUGAGCCCUGAUCACAAAAUGAUCUACGUUGCUGACGAGGACAAUGGAUCUGUCACUUGCUUGACAACCUCCGGAAAGGUCAAGGCCAUUUAUAAAAAUCCUCAUUUUGAAAAGCCUCGAGGAGUGGCAGUAGCUAGCAAUGGGCUUGUUUAUGUAACAGGAAAAAGUAAAAUUCACGAACUGUCACCUAACCUCGGUCACGGGAGAAUUGUGAUGGAUCGUAGUCAUGGAAUCAAUUCCAUACAAAGUCUACUGUACUGUGAACAAGAGAAUCUAUUCUACGUAGGAAUGAUUGCUCAAAACACAAUAAAGAAAUUCCAUAUUGAAUAAAAAAAGUAUUUUACAAAAUUAUUCAACUAAUUCGCAACCUGUUUAGUUCUAUCCGGUUUGCAACAAUUUGUAUAUACAUGUACAAGCUCAUUAGUCAUUAAUACAAAUUAAAAACUGUUAAUUAUUUAAUUAUUACAUUAUAUUGCUAUUAACUUUUGGACAAAGAUGAACAAACAUUAUUUGAGCCGUGUCACAACAUAACCAACAAAAUGCGUUUGCGACCAGCAUGGAUCCAGACCAGCCUGGGCAUCCGCGCAGUCUGAUCAGGAUCCAUGCUGUUCGCUUACCAACUCUAUUACAAGUAGAGAAACUGAUAGCAAACAGCAUGGAUCCUGAUCAGACUGCGCGGAGGCGCAGGCUGGUGUGGAUCCAUGCUGGUCGCAAACACACUAUGUUGGUUUUGUCGUGACACGGCUGACAUUUUUGUUAUUUAUGCAAUGGUAAUUCAGAUGUUAAUACUUCAUACAGUGUAUAUCAGGGGUUUAUACACAUGCAAGUAAUUUCACAUGAUAAUGUCCAUACCCCAUAGGUGCCAAGCCCAUAUUUCCUUAUAUGGCAACAAAACCAGUAAUGACUAGGAAGUAAACUGAAGAGUGAACUAAAUCACAUAAGCUAUCCUGACAACCUAAAACAAAUGUUGCUUCAAAUGUUGAGGUUAAGCAGGAUAUCUUG